AUGGAGCCGCCGCACGACUCGAGACGCGAAGCCGAGAUCUUGAAGAAGGCAGCAUGUCCCAACGUUAUCCCACUGAUUGACGCCUUCCGAGAGGACGGCAGUCGGUUUGUUCUGGUCUUCCCAUUCAUGCCACUGGACUUGGGUGUUGUACUAAGAGAAGGAAAAUUUGCAAAGACACAAAUAAAGAUCUGGCUGAAAGAUCUUUUCUCUGCUCUCGCGUUUAUUCACGAACACGGCAUUAUCCACCGCGACAUCAAGCCUUCGAAUAUAUUGCUAAAGUCACUCGAUGGGCCAGCCUAUCUUGCGGAUUUUGGCAUCGCCUGGGCGCCAGACACUCCGAGCUCCGAAGCGCCGGAUGCAAAGAUCACAGAUGUAGGCACAACAUGCUACAGACCACCAGAGCUGCUGUUUGGCAACAAAGCAUACGACUGCAGUCUCGACCUGUGGGCGGCUGGCUGUACCGUUGCCGAAAUACUGGAUCCUGAUCACACGACUUUGUUCGACUCUGGAGAGUUGGGAAGCGACCUAGCGUUGCUGCAGAGCAUAUUUAAGAAGCUGGGAACGCCCACAUUGACUCGCUGGCCCGAGGCCGCGAAGUUCCCAGACUGGGGUAAAGUGCAGUUCUACGAGUAUCCUGAGGAGCAUUGGGGUAAGCUGCUACCACGGGUAUCUGAAGAGGGGCAGGAGCUUCUGUCUGGCGCCCACAGCCCUCCUCCCUCCCCCCGUUCUGGAAUAUCACCCCUCCGUACUGGACCUCCCCUCAAUAUGGCAUUCUUAUUCCGGAACAAGCAGAAGAGCAAUGCUGAGCUCACACGGUCGACCAAGGACCUCACAGUCCGCCUUAGCCAGGAGGACAAGCCCAAUGCAAAGCUGGAAGAGGAGCUUGCUCGGGACCUGCAGCAGAUGAAGUUGAGGCUUCAGGGUACGCCUGAUACAGAAGUCAAUCCCGAACUCGUAUUCCAGCUCCUCUCGGCGAUUUUGAGCGACGACCUGCUCUACAUACUAGCAAUAAACAUACACAAACUGCCGUUCGAAUCGCGCAAAGAUGCACAAGUCGUCUUCUCGUCCGCCUUCCGCUACAAGCCCGCCGGCCAAACCGACCCUCAAGUGCUACACCACAUCGUACAAUUCCGCCCAGAUAUCAUAAUAGCGUUAUGCAGAGGUUACGACAGACGGGAAAGCGCCAUGCCAUGUGGAGGAGUAUUGCGCGAGGCUCUGAGAUACGACGCAAUUGCUGCAUUGCUGUUGUACGACGAGGGCGACGAGGACGGGAAGCAAUUGGAUCUAGCCAAUGUCAAUCCAGACAUACCUGCGUCCGGCAAUGGCAUAUUUUGGAGAUUCUUCGACUGGAUAGACAAAGGUGCAUUUGAGCUCAGCGCGGACGCAUUCAAUACAUUCAGAACGAACUUUGAGAUGUUCUUCUCGAAAUACAACAACAUGCUGAUAUCGUCGGAAAGCUACGUAACCAAGCGGCAAUCUAUCAAGUUGCUGGGCGAGAUUCUGCUUGAUCGAGCAAACUACAGCGUAAUGACGCAGUACGUGGACUCUGGCGAGCAUCUCAAGAUCAUCAUGAAGCUGUUGCGGGACGACAGGCGGAUGAUCAACUACGAGGGGUUCCAUGUGUUCAAGGUCUUUGUCGCGAACCCGAACAAGUCCAUGGCCGUGCAGCGAAUAUUGAUCAGCAACCGCGAGAAGCUGCUACGCUUCCUGCCCAACUUCCUCGACGACCGCACGGAAGACGAGCAGUUCAUAGACGAGAAGAGCUUCUUGAUACGGCAGAUUGAGCAACUACCGAGCCAGCCCGUUGCACCGCCUGCAGCAGCAUAA